AUGCCCUUCAUACGCCCCGUCGAGAUCCGCUUCUUCCCCCGCCUUCCCCGAGUCUCCCCUUGUUUCAUCCUCUGGGGUUUCUUAUUCUCAGUUUUGUUGACUACCUCUCUAGUCUCCUUAUUUUUUCCCUUCCUCUUUGAAUGUGUCACUACUCCCAACAACACCCAGGAUGACAUCAAGCCCUCUGAAGGACCCGAAUUCGACGAAUUCGACCGCAUCGCCCACAUCGCCGCCGCCCUCAUCACCCGCUUGCCCCGCUCCCCACGGGCCCUCCUCCACCGCCGCCAAAACCCCGAAGACCGCCUCGACGAGGACGGCUUUCCGCAUUUCGGCGACGACGUCGCUGAAUCUCGGAUCUCCAAGAACGUCAACGUUUACGGCCAACCGAUCCAGACGGUACGUCUAGACGACGUCCGCCCGUUUCCCAUGGGCACAGAGAAUGAGAUCCCGGGAGUGUUUGCGGCUUGUGCGCAACCUUGCAUGAAAAAGGCCGUGGAGCUGAACACAGAUUGCGAAGAUCCGCUGGAUCUGGAGUGCACGUGCCGGCCCGAGGUGAGGGCGGUGAUUGAGGCGGCGAGUGAUGAGUGUUGUUGGCAGGCUUGUGAUGAUGGGACGCCGGAGCCUUACUGGCGCCCAUGCUGGCACGAAGAAGAUCCGUUGCAUUAUUAA